CGUCACUUGAAGAACUAAAACCGCUCUACAAGGCCUUUGAGAUCUUAGGGUACACUGCUGAAUAUGUUCGGACUGCGUUGAGAUACACGAGGGAUAUUAAUAUCAUGUACUGGACCCAGGCCCCCGGUCGAGACCGCGACACCAUAUUCUCCAAUAGUAAGAGGGUGACCACGGCCGUUUGUCGCCAUCCCAGGUCCUAUCCGCAUUACAAGGUCCUGAUGGCGAGUGAAGUUGAAUUUAACGACGACAACGACGGUGAUGACAGACUUACAUGUGGGGAGGUACUCAACAUUUGCGAGAUUAUGAUGGACCACUUCAAGGGCUAUAAGAUCCAUGCUGAUUUUGCGCAUAUGAAUGCUCCGGUAAUGAUCCUCUCCUGCUGGCGUCUCAACAUGUCCGGAUCCUCAUGGCUCAUCAUGAUGGCACUGAUCUGGUUGUCCAUCAGAGUGAGUUGUUUGAUUUGAGGUGGAAGAAUGUUGAUGCUUUGGGGUUGUUUUUGAGAUGGUGGUGUUCUGAGGGUGUGGGGGAUACGGAAUCUAUCUAGCCUCCUCUUUUCGGUGGCUUGAUUGUCUGAGUUUGGAUGAAUAAUUGAUCAUGGUUAGGGUUAAGGAUAUAAAUUCGGGCGUGAGGAACCAUUUCUUUGCAGUAAUGCACUAGGACACUUGUUCUGCUAUCCAGGCUAUGAAAUAUAAACAGUGGUAUUGAUAUCCA